UCCCCCAUUGAUGGCGAUGGCGUCUGUCAAGCCGUCCAUACGGCAAUUCAGCGCGUGUCUGGGUUGCGUACGGCGGACUGCCAGCGGAAACGGCGCACCGCGGCGGCUCCUUUCGUCCUCAGCGGCUGCCCGUGAAGAGCUCCAGACCCACCACCCUACUCCUCCACCGCCGCCUCCUCCUGCAGCUGCGACUUCUGCCCCUAUGAAAGACGAAGCAUCAUCUAAACGAACUCCGGAAUACAUGCAGAAAUGGGGAGACCUGGAUCCCAACCUCGUGGAAUGGAAACGUGACGAGCGCCGUCUCGUCCGAAGGGAAGGCGUCCAACCGGUUGGAUCCCGUCGUCGACGUGCCGUUCUCCGCCGUUCCACCAUGCGCCAGACCGAACAGAUUCCCUUUGAACAGCUCCCGUAUCAGUGCUUCCAGGAAGCGAGGAAGUUUCUGCUGGAGGACCGCCAGGAGAAGCUGACGGAGAUCGAGACGCAGACACUGAGGAUAAAGAAUUUGAUGGCGCAGGAUCCUGCUGUAAGCGGCGGUGCGCUGGCAAAGGAAGCAAGGCUGAGGAGCAUGCGGAAUCAUCUCCAUGGACUGAUCAUCCUAGCCGAUAUCAAUGACCCCGUGGUCAAGAAGAAGUUCGAGGAUGGACAGGGUGACAUGAACAAGCCCAUCUACCGCUACCUCGCCGACCAGAAAUGGCGCAAGUACAAGCGGCUCGUCCUGGAACAGCGUAUAUCUCAAUUGAACAUCGUCCCAGACCUCCUUCCCGCGCUGGACCCCAUCGCAGACGCCGACCUCGCUUUUGGGCGCAAGAAGGUAUCCCCUGGCGAGUUCGUGGAUUCCGCCAUCAGCGAGAAGAUGCCGCGACUUUCGGUCCAAACGUUUGAACAAGGGGAAAAGCUAGUUACAGUGGUCGUGGUGGAUGCCGACGUGCCUGUGCCGGACAAGGAUAGCUUCACCUACCGCUGCCACUUCAUUGCCUCUAAUGUUCCUAUUUCACCGAGCCAGACCUCCAUCCCCUUGCAACGGAUUGACCAGGAGGACAAGAAGACCGAAAACGAGGCGGCUAGGAAGAUUGCCGUGCCUUGGCUUCCGCCAUGGGCUCACAAAGGCGCACCAUAUCAUCGUCUCGCCGUCUUCGUGCUCGAGCAGAGUGAGGCGAAAGCCCUGGAUGUUCUCGACAUCAAGAAGACGAAGAGGAACUCGUUCAUUCUAAGGAGCUUCGUUGAUUCGCACAAGCUGAAGCCUAUUGGUGUGGCUCUCUUCAGGACGAAGUGGGAUGAGAGCAUGGCCGGGGUGAUGGAGAGAGCGGGCUUGAAGGACCAGGUGGACGUUGAGUUCAAGCGGAAGAGGGUGGAGCCACUGCCAUAUAAGAGGAGGACUGAGCGGAUGCGCUAGGGCCUUGCACGACUUAAACCUUAGAUGGUGAAGCUGUAGACAACUGUAAGCAUCGAGUGAGUGUACAAUACCAUAUUCGCUUCAGGCGUUCAUAUUUCAAACCUUCUUCGUUGUUCGUUCCGGAUGGUUAUGGGGAGAUAUGCCAAAGCUUGACGACGUACGUCCCUUUACCAGCAACUUCUGCUCUCAUAAUCGGUUCUCUACUUUCUCAUGUUCCAUGAGGUGUGGGUGCGGUAGUAUGUGGGCGCCGGUCCACCGCUCUUUCCGUCUUUUCCGUCCGUCGCUGCUCUGCGCCUUCCACGCCUCUCUCAUCGCCUCAGCACUUCAACCGACCUGCGCUGGAAGUCUUCUCCCUGGUUCCGUAAAGUGCCUGCAGCGAGGAGCUAAGCCCACUGUUCCAAGGCC